UGUUUUGUUAUCAGAUUCCAAUUCUCAAUCCUCAUGAGCUUCUGUUUUAGGGAUCACUUAGGUUUAAGAUUCUUCUUGUUACAAAUCACAGCUGGAUGAAAUCAAGAUAGCUAAAUUGUUAUGAAUAAUUUAUUUUUCUAUAAACUUUUCUAGGAAAUUAGAGACACCUUUAAGCAGAUAAUACUUGCUAAGUGCUUAUUAUAUUCCAACAUUCUCACUUGCCUAUGUGUUCAUAUUAUCAUUAUCCCCCAACUUAUAUGUUCAUACCAAUUUGCUGGUCCAGGCUGUGUAUAAUUUGAACUUCGAACUGCAGUUGAUCAUGGUAUAGCUGUUAUUUGUGCAAAUCAAGAUAUGGAAUCAGAGAGCGCCAAGUUUGGAGGUCCAACAGAAUUGGGUGGUGCGCGUGAUCUUAUAACUCAGUACAAGCUGUUGCCACACCAUGAGUUCUUUUGCAAGAGAUCACUUCCCGAGUCGCUUUCAGAUGCUCAUUACCUUCACAAUGUGGUGGGCGACACAGAUAUUAGAAAGGGAGAAGGGAUGCAGUUGGAUCAGCUUAUUCCAAAUGCGUCGCAUAACCGAGAUGGAAAUGCUCGCAUCCAACCUUUUGUUCUAGAUGAACUUAAGGAGGCUUUUGAGAUCAAUGAUACAUCUCCUGUUGAAUUGCCUCCAGCAGAGAAGGGUGCUCUUACCAUUGCGUCAAAAUCAAAAAGCGAGUCAAAAGAUAGGGACAGGAAGCAUAAAAAACACAAGGAUAGGAAUAAGGAUAAAGAUAGGGAACAUAAGAAGCACAAACACAAGCAUAAAGAUAGGAGUAAAGAUAAGGAUAAAGACAAGGAUCGCGAGCGAAAGAAGGAAAAAAGUGGACACCAUGAUAAGAAAAGGAAGCACAAUGGGAAUGAAGAUCUUGAUGACGCUCAGAGGCACAAAAAGAGCAAGCAUAAGAGUUCCAAGGUUGAUGAGCGAUAGAGGUUGGAGGUUGAAGCGGUGGAGAGACUUAAGUUUUUGUAUUACACAUCCAAGUAGGUGGAGGUUUAGAAACAGCUACCGUACUCACUUUUGAAUACUUUGUUAGGCCAGUGUCCAUGUGUUCAUGUCAGUCCCGUCACUAGAUAACGAUGUCUUUAGUGACUGAUGUACUGAAUGCUGCUGAUCUGACAUUGGAACUCGAUUUUUUCAUUCUGUCAGAUAUAAAAAACAUCAAUCUAUA